GAUCAGCUGAUAGUCAAUGAUUUUCCAGGAGUUUUGUUGUCAUCUUACUCCGGCUAGGAUAAAACCACUAAACCACUGAUUACCGUCACUAGCCAAGACAGCAAACGAGAGUGAAAGUAAAGAGUGAGUCGAGGAAGGUGAAAAACAGUCUGUUGAAAAUAAAACCUCAGUAAUCAUGGUGCGAGUGAUCAAGCAGGAGACGUACGACGAAGUCGUAAAAGAAAAUAUCGAAGACUUAUCGAUGACACCUGAAGAAGCUAUAGAGGAUGCCAUCAAACAAUUUGAAGCUCAAGGUAUCGAUCUCACCAACAUAAUAAAAGACUUAGCGCUUAAUGACAACUCAAAUGUGAUACAAUCUUGCCUGCAAAACCUGUCAACUGCCUCAGAAAACAAAAACUAUGAAGACGUUCCACGUGUAUUAGAAUCUCUUAAGACUGAACUCGACAAAGACAUCGCACGACGUGUAUUUGCGAGCAAGGAAAACGCUUAUCCGAUAAUCUUAGCCUUAAUAAAAGACACCAAGGAUGACGUAAGUAUCCUCAAACCAGCUUUGAAAGCCAUGACUUCAUUGAUGACUGGUAACCCUGAUUUGCUCGACUCUGCUGGUAUAGACCUUCAAAUUGAGUUCUUGGAUAGUCAGGAGGAUGUAGAAUGUACAAAAAAUAUUUUGCAUUGGAUAAAAGAGUGCUGCAUCAAGCAUGAAAUGAACAGGCAGAACCUCGUCGAAGCUGGAAUAAUUGACAGAAUAAUGAAAAUUCUCAGUAAGAAAGAAAAAACAAGUUCUGAGCUAAGAGAUGCUUGUAGUGUUGUUCGUGCGUUGGUGCUUGAUGAUGAUGUGAGACUAGAGUUCGGAAAAGCUCACGAACAUGCCAGCCAGCUUGCCAAAGUUGCCAUCGAUAUCUUGACGAAUCUUUUGUCAGAAUUUAAAGACGACGAGGAUGUGGUAGGUGAUUUGAUGGCGACAUUAGCGAGUCUUGUCGUGAGGAAUGAAUAUUGUCAAGAUGUUGAGGAUGCUGGUGGCCUAACAUUAAUCUUGGAAGUUAUGAUAAACCACGCAGACUCGGAGAAACUCAACGGACAAGCUCUGAAAUUGCUGAGUGCUCUGGCUGGUAACGACAAUGUUAAGAGCCAUAUCGUGACCUGCGGCAGUUGUCCGCUUAUCGUCUCAGCAAUCAGCAGGUUCAAGAGCUCAGAGAGUGUCGUCGCUGCAGGCUUCUCAUGUAUCUCAGCUUUGACUCUCCGUAGUUCCUCGAACGCUGGAGUUUUUUACGACUGCGGAGCACCUAUCGUGAUGCUUGACGCGAUGAAGCAAUUUCCGAAGAGCCACAAAACUCUGAGACAUGCUUGUCGGGCUAUCCGAAAUAUGGCGGUGAAAAACAGAGCCGAGUCUCGGGAAUUUGUGGCUUACGGUGUAGAGUCACUGCUUGCUGACGCCAUUAAGAACCACGGAGUCGCCGUUGAAGCUGAAGCUAAAGCUGCUCUUCGAGAUUUAGGCUUGAAAGUUGACCUUAAGGAACCGUGGACGGGUAAAGGCAUUGCUUUGCAGAAUUAAUUUGUGCUCAAGUUUUAUCAUUCAUUUAAAUGCUUUUACAGUUAUAUUAAUGAAUAUACAAUCUAUCAUAGUUGAAAGUUGAUUAAUUUUUCGCUAUAAAUUUUUUUCAAAGCUGAAAAUAUAAUUAUUAUUAAUGUAAGUAUCAUAAAGAAUAAUCAUGUAUUUUCAGAAGUUAUUGAUAAUUCUAGAAAUUAUGUAAAGGUUAUUCUUUAAUUCUUUUUUAUCUAAAUCAAAAACUUUUAAAGUAAACAUUUUUAUAAAUUUAUACAUAAAUAUAUAAUUAUCUUAAACAAAUUAUUAUUACACAUCGCGAAUUAGAAAAAUAAAUGAAAAAAUUAUUAUCUUGAAAAA